AUGGCCCCUCAGAAGAAGUCUAAGAAGGACGCUCACAGCAUCAGCUCCAAGCUGGCGCUCGUCAUCAAGUCCGGCAAGGUCACACUCGGCUACAAAACCACCCUCAAGAGCCUCCGAAGCGGCAAGGCCAAGCUUGUCAUCAUCGCCCAGAACGCUCCCCCUCUGCGAAAGUCUCUUCUCGAGUACUAUGCCAUGUUGGCCAAGGCUCCCGUCCACCACCUUUCCGGAACCAACAUUGAUCUCGGAAACGCCUGUGGUAAGACUUUCAGGACGUCUACCAUGGCCAUCCUUGAUGCCGGUGACUCGGAUAUCCUCAGCGACCAGCAGUCUUAG